GUGUGCGCCUGUGUGGCGGCGCGGGCGGCGUGCCCCCGCCCUUUCCCCGCCGGCGCCCGGCGCUGCGCGGUGGGCUGGCGUUGGGGUAUUUACGGUAAGGUGGACCCGGCGGUGGCAGCUCGGUGUCAGGUGAUCGGCGCUGAGGAGCCGUUGCCGCUGCCCGGGGAGGAAAAUGCAAGAUGGCCCAGCGGGGCCGUGAGGGGCUCCGAGGCGCCCCCUCCCCGCCCGCCGCCGCUGCCGCCUCCCCGGCGCGUAGGGCCGGCGGGAAGCGCUGAGGCCAACCCCGCCGCGCCAGAGCCCAUCCCCAGCGGGGGCACCGAGCCAUGGGGCUCUGCUACAGCCUGCGCCCGCGGCUCUUCGGCGACGCCGGCGGUGGCGGCGGCUCCAUCUCCAGCGCCGGCGCCGCUUCGGAGCCCGAAGCGCCGGCUGAGCCUCACGCCGCCCCGCAGCCGCAGCCCCUCGGCGCUCCGCUCCGGCCCGGCGGUAAGCCCGGCGGGGAGGCGGACGGGCCGCCGCUGCUGCUGCAGAACGGCGGCGGUAACGGGGCGGCCCCUGAGCGGCCGCCGGUGCCCAAGGCCGGCGGCCCCGGUGGCGGGGGGAAGGCGGCGCGGCAACAAGCGCUGCACCAGCCACCGGCGCUGCAGAGACCCUGGGAGAAGCUGCGCCUGGAAGAGCGGGAGGCGGAGAAGGAGGCGAGGAAAGUCAGCAAGAGCAUUGACCGGGCGCUCAAGGAGCAGAAGCGGGAGUACAAGCAGACGCACCGCCUGCUGCUGCUGGGGGCUGGUGAGUCAGGAAAAAGCACUAUUGUGAAACAAAUGCGAAUCCUACAUGUCAAUGGAUUUAAUUCAGAAGAAAAGAAACAGAAAAUACUGGAUAUUCGGAAAAAUGUUAAAGAUGCGAUUGUGACUAUAGUUUCAGCUAUGAGCACUUUAAUACCCCCAGUUCCAUUGGCCAACCCAGAAAACCAAUUUCGAAUGGACUACAUCAAGAGUAUAGCUCCUCUUUCUGACUUUGACUAUACGCAGGAAUUCUUUGAACAUGCAAAAAAGCUCUGGGAUGAUGAAGGCGUAAAGGCAUGCUUCGAGAGGUCAAAUGAAUAUCAACUGAUUGACUGUGCACAGUACUUUUUAGAAAGAAUUGACAGUGUCAGCAUGGAUGACUACACACCCACAGAUCAGGACCUAUUAAGAUGCAGAGUGUUGACAUCAGGGAUUUUUGAAACAAGAUUUCAAGUAGACAAAGUAAAUUUCCACAUGUUUGAUGUAGGUGGCCAGAGAGAUGAGAGGAGAAAAUGGAUCCAAUGCUUUAAUGAUGUCACAGCUAUAAUCUUCGUUGUGGCUUGCAGCAGCUACAACAUGGUAAUAAGGGAAGACAAUAACACAAACAGACUACGGGAAUCCCUGGACCUUUUCAAAAGUAUCUGGAAUAAUAGGUGGUUACGGACCAUUUCUAUCAUUUUGUUCUUGAAUAAACAGGACAUGCUGGCUGAAAAAGUCUUGGCAGGGAAAUCAAAAAUCGAAGAUUACUUUCCUGAAUACGCGCAUUAUACUGUACCUGAGGAUGCAACACCAGAUGCAGGAGAAGACCCCAAAGUCACAAGAGCCAAGUUCUUCAUCCGGGAUGAGUUUUUAAGGAUAAGUACGGCGAGCGGAGACGGCAGGCAUUAUUGCUACCCACACUUUACGUGUGCAGUGGACACAGAAAAUAUCCGCAGAGUGUUCAACGACUGUCGAGACAUCAUUCAAAGGAUGCACCUCCGCCAGUACGAACUCUUGUGAGGGGGAUCACCGUGGAACCUGUGGUUUUAAAUUCUUUGCUCCUUACUCUUUCUCUUGAUACUACCCCACACAGGGUGGAAGAAUAUACUAUAGAAAUGUCAGUCUCUUCACUUUGUUUACUUUAAUUAUUUAACCUUAAAGCUGAUUUGAAGCAAGUUUGGUUUGGUUUUCCUUCAUGCUUUUUGGGACUAUUUUUGUGCUUUAUUUUGACAUGCCACUUCUUCGUCAUUCCACUAAGCCCUUUGGCUACCUCUGUUCCCUUAGGUUUUGUUUUUCCAACUGAGCGUGACCUGCUAAAUUUUUUCCAGCAGGUUAACGUCAGUUCAAACUGGUAUGUCAGCUGGAUGACACUGAAGUCAUAGCUAUCCCUCUGUGUGGGUUUCCUUUUUAACAUGACAUUGAAGAGUACUUGAUGGGUGAAAAAAAAAAAGAUUAAUGCACUUUGUAUCAGGUUAUUAAAUACUGUUGAGGAAGUAGACACACAAUGUAGCAGCACCACAAUAUUUAUUACUCUGUCACAGUUUUUAGCAUUUCUGAGUUGCAGGUCAACUGAUACAGUGACCUCCUCUUUUAAGCCGUUACUGGCACAGGAAGUAGAGUAGAUUAUGAGAGGAAUAGUGAAGACAAAGCAAUUUUGCUGGGGUUCUGGAGCCAAGUGUCUCUGCACACCUCAGGCAUUUGAAUUACAGCUACUUUUCAGCCUGUUGCAUCUAGGCAGAAAAUUGACCACCCUCACUUACGUUAUUUGUGCUGUCCACAAAUGAUCCUUUUAGUUCAGAUCAUUCUUGGACAACAGUCCUCUCCCUAUAUAUAUUUUUUGUUUUACUGCUGGUUUAUUAUAUUGUACAGACUGUAAAAUGUAAUAUUAUUUUGUACAACUUUAUUGAAGAAAAAUACUUGUAGAAGAUCUUUGUGCCUUGAUUAUGGCUGUACCUGUAAAAUGAGCUAAGAUGUAAGUAUGUUUUUGAUUGCGCUGUACAGCUUGAUGUCAACCUUACCUGCAGCAGUGACUGGAGGUAAGAACUUUAUCUGUAGAGUUUAGGGGUUUUUUUCUGGUUUAUAUAAAAAUGCUCUUUAGUAUAAAAAUUAUAAAUUAUGCAAAUUAACCACUUACCUUUCCAAGUAAGGUAUUACAGUCACCGGAUGUUGCAGCAAACAUGCCUUUCUCUUUUGAAGUCUCAGCUUUAAAACAUUGGAAUUCAUUCAAGUGUCCAAAUUGCAACCUGGUGUUGUUUUAAUGGGAACCAAGGAUUUUUUUUUUUUCCUUUAUAUUUAGAAAAUAUGUUUGGUAAUUCUUUGGUCAUUCAUAGAACUUCACAAUUGCACAGACCGAUUGUGAAUGUGUAAAGCACCAUUAUAUAGAGCUCUUCAAUCUUUGUACCAACAGCGGCUUUCAUUGUGCAAGUAAAUAGCGAGAAAGAAGAAAAAAAAAAGAAAAAAAAAAAGGUGUAUAAACCCUUGUGUCUGGCCUAAGAGAAUUACAAGAUGACAUUUUUAUUUCUCUUUUAAUAAAGAGACACAUUAGAAAAUUGUUUUAUUUUAAAUAUUGUAGAAUCAAAAUGUGUGAAUAUUUCUCAAACUUGAAUAAUUUAUGCAAAUGACAUUCUCAAAACAAGUUGUGGUACAGUACAAUAUAUAAAAAGCAAGAAUUGCUGUAGCAAUAAGGCAUGUCCUUUUUAGUAACUAUAACACUGCUUUAUAUUUUAUACAUAGGUGUUUUAUGUCUGUGACUAUAUACUUUUCCUGUGUCCAAGAUAACCUGUACAAAUGUCUAAAAUUACAGUUGCAAUAACAGAAACCUAGAGAAGUGUUAGACUACAUUACUUUAUAGAGUGUUUUACCACACUUUGGACCAUUCCCCCUCACUUCCUUUUAAAUUUAGGGAGAGAUUCAGAGCUAACACAUUCCCCACAUUGGCAUAUAAAUCAGCAGGUUCGAUUAACUUUUUACUAUAAGCAUCGUUAGUAGUUAUAAAUCCCAAUCAGUCAUUUUUUUAAAUUCAGACUACAGAUGACAACUUGUUUCUAUUUGAUGAUAAACAAUCUCAGUUUAGAUACUAUACUAUGACAAUUUCCUCUUCCCAGAAACAUGUAUACCUUGCUAUCUGCGUGUUCAAUUUUGUCAUCAGAUACUUCCCAGAAAGUGAAAGGCUGGCUGGAAUAAGCCAAUAAUAAACAAAAUUCCCAAACGCAAAGAUUCUCUCACUCCCUAUGCCAAAGAAAGUAAUAGCACGACUGACGAAAGUCAGUCUUUUCUUUACAACAGCCCCAGCCCAGCAGUUCAGGUUAGAGCUCCCAGCCUCUGCAUGAAC